AUGGAUGAUACUUUCAAUUUGCAAUUUGUCGCCGAAGCAAUGUCGUCUCUAAUUGGCUGUCGUGUAGUGGCAACCGAAUCCGAAGGACCCGCUUUAGAUAUUGAUUUGGUUCAUAGAUACUGUCUUCUUGAAGUAGAUGACAAUGGUGAAAUUGUUAAAAGACCUCGAUUUGAAGAAUAUGAACAAGGUUGUGACCCGAGACGAAUUAGAAGAGAUGAAGAAACCAGGCGAUGCGAUUGUUUAAAACAAAUUUUUUUCAACUUUUCCAGAGAAAGUCGAUCAAUAUUCAUAGCUCUGCAUGAUUGCAGUGUUCGUGAAUUGAGACGAAAAAUUCAAGAAAUACUUAGCAUCGACGAACCAUUAAGUCUUAUAUAUAAUUAUCAAACAUUGGAUGAUAGUCGUACUCUUGAAUCAUACGAUAUCCAACCACGCAGUACCAUACACGUUAUAAGUGAAGAUGAAGACAGUAACUGGUUAAAACAAAUUUUUUUCAACUUUUCCGGAGAAAGUCGAUCAAUAUUCAUAUCUCUGCAUGAUUGCAGUGUCCGUGAAUUGAGACGAAGAAUUCGAGAAAUACUUAACAUCGACGAACCAUUAAGUCUUAUAUAUGAUUGUCAAACAUUGGAUAAUAGUCGUACUCUCGAAUCAUACGAUAUCCAACCACGCAGUACCAUACACGUUAUAAGUGAAGAUGAAGACAGUAACUGGUUAAAACAAAUUUUUUUCAACUUUUCCGGAGAAAGUCGAUCAAUAUUCAUAUCUCUGCAUGAUUGCAGUGUCCGUGAAUUGAGACGAAGAAUUCGAGAAAUACUUAACAUCGACGAACCAUUAAGUCUUAUAUAUGAUUGUCAAACAUUGGAUGAUAGUCGUACUCUCGAAUCAUACGAUAUCAAACCACGCAGUACCAUACAGGUUAGAAGAGAAGAUGAAGAAACAAGGCGAUGCGAUUGGUUAAACCAAAUUUUUUUCAACUUUUCCGGAGAAAGUCGAUCAAUAUUCAUAUCUCUGCAUGAUUGCAGUGUCCUUGAAUUGAGACGAAAAAUUCAAGAAAUACUUAAAAUCGAAGAACCAUUAAGUCUUAGAUUUAAUUGUCAAACAUUGGAUGAUAGUCGUACUCUCAAAUCAUACGAUAUCAAACCAAGCAGUACCAUACACGUAUCAUAUAAAUUACUAGGGGGUUUUCCUGGUUAUUAUGUUGUAAAGGAAAGUUUCUUAAAGCCUCAAUUCGAUUAUGACUACACAUAUGGGCGAGACUAUGGACGACAGAGACGUGGAUAUGAGCGAUACCAUUUACCUAUCGGAUGGAAAAAAAUUGGUCUGAACGUUGAAAAGUACGGUGAUAAUAAAUGGUUAGGCACUGAUACAGAUGCAUGGCCAAUCUCUUAUCACGGCACUGGUUACGACGCCGCUAGAAGUAUUGCUAUUGGUGGCUUUGAUAUAAACAAAGGAAUAAAUUUUGCAUAUGGAAAAGGAGUUUAUUCAUCUCCUUAUUCUGAUGAAGCUGAAAUAUAUUCCAAAGAAUUUACUUGUAGUUUAGACAAUCAUAGAUAUAAGUUGAUGUUUCAGAAUAGGGUUAACCCUACCGAUCUCCGAAAGGAAAACAAAGAAAAAUAUUGGAUUACAGCAUCAGAUCAAAAUAUUAGACCAUAUGCGUUAUGUUAUAAAAGAAUUGGUUAG